AUGGCUGCAGGCCGUGGAGGCUCUGGCCAACUGGCUUGGCGGCAUCGAAGUCACGAAAUCCUGAUCACGGAAUGUGUCCUGACACUGCUUGAGACCGAGCUUCGACCAGACCGGGAGCGGCAGUUGGGGGUUUUUCUUGUUGGCAGAGAGGCCAGCACGUGCCCUGCCUCCGUCUACACAGCGUUGUGCUCCCAGUGCUGGCAAGAGGGUGUCAGGCGCGCACUGGCCGCUCCACACCUGCUGUGUCGCAUGGAGAUGUGGUAUCGGGGUCUUUUGAACGGCUGUGGGGCGCAGCACGAUGGCAGACCGUCCCAGGGCGAAGCCAUCCUGCGGGGAACCGCGUGCACAGUGUGCAGCAUGGUGCAUACCUGA